UCUUUGCCCCCUCUCGCCCCGCCCAGCCAAACGCGCAUUCAGAUCGGAAGCGGAAGAAUAGUUCCUUUCCGCCGCUGCCGUCCUUCUGGAGAUUGGUUCGGUCCCCGCCCACUUUCCCCAAGUGACAGUUGCCGGUGUUAGUCUCCUUUUUGCCGCUUCUCCAUUGCACUUUAUUUACUCUCAGUAGCCGCGACGGAGGAACGGCGGCCGCCGUCCGUUUCAAGCGCAGGAAAGACGGAGCGCCGCCGGUGGGCCUUGCGAGAAAAGUCGAGGGGAGGAGGAACACUUGAGUCUCCUAGGAUACCAACUACCGGGUGAGCCAUGUUUUGGAAGUUUGAUCUGCACACAAGUUCACACGUGGACACGCUGCUGGAGAGAGAAAAUGUUACCCUCUUCGAGCUGCUUGACGAGGAGGAUGUGCUGCAGGAGUGUAAAGUUGUUAAUAGAAAACUGAUAGAUUAUUUGGUCCAGCCACAACACAUGGAAGAGUUGGUCAACUGCAUCACACAAGAGCCUUCUAGUGACACAGACGAGAAGAUCCGCUAUAAGUAUCCAAGUGUUUCCUGUGAGAUUCUGACAGCUGAUGUAUCACAAAUUAAUGAUGCUUUAGGAGAAGAUGAGUCUCUGCUUAAGCGCCUUUAUGGCUUCUUACAAACCAAUGAGGACUUGAAUCCUUUAUUGGGUAGCUUCUUCAGCAAAGUAAUGGGCAUUCUAAUUAACCGCAAGACAGAACAGAUUAUCGCCUUUCUUCGUCAGAAAGAUGACUUUGUGAGCUUGUUAUUACAGCACAUUGGUACCUCUGCCAUCAUGGAUCUUUUGCUGCGCCUGCUGACAUGUGUGGAACAGCCUCAGCUCAGACAGGAUGUUUUUAAUUGGCUAAAUGAAGAGAAAAUUGUGCAAAGAUUAAUUGGAAUGAUCCAUCCUUCCAAAGAUGACAAUCAACAUUCCAAUGCUUCACAGUCCUUAUGUGACAUCAUUCGUCUGAGUCGGGAGCAGAUGAUACAGAUCCAGGAUAGUCCCGAACCAGAUCAGUUAUUGGCAACCCUGGAAGAGCAAGAAACUAUUGAGCAGCUCCUGAGCAACAUGUUUGAAGGGGAACAUAAUGAAUCUGUGAUUGUAAAUGGAACUCAAGUGCUUUUAACUUUGUUGGAACCACGCAGACCAAGGUCUGAACUAGGAGGAAUGAGCGGCUUCUACUGUAAUCUAGAUGGCCAGUUCGAGAUAAAUGCUGCUGGGUUAGAUUCUUCUUCCAACACCCAAGCUAGCUUGGGCACUCUGCUUGCCAUAAAGGAUCAUCUACCCCAGUUCCACCAACUCCUCACUGACCCACCUAAGAAACAAAGCCUACAAACAACAUGGGGAAUUCUUGAUCCACCCCUGGGGAAUACUCGACUACAUGUGGUGAAACUGUUGGCUAGCAUAAUAAAUGCAAACAAUAAAGUGUUAAAUCAAGAGCUGAUUGAGCUGGACACACUGAACACCAUGCUGGACCUUUAUUUCAAAUACAUGUACAAUAAUUUCCUGCACGCACAAGUAGAGGUGUGCAUCACCACAAUUUUAAAUUCGUCUCCUUUGGAAGAAACCAUUGAAGAUGAGGCACAAGGCCACCCUCUUGUCAGAUAUCUUCUGCAAAAAUGCCGCCUCGUUCAGAGAAUUUUAUCAGCGUGGGAAGAAAACGAGAAAGAACAAUCAGAAGGAGGGCGACGCAAAGGGUUCAUGGGCCAUCUGACAAAAAUUGCAAAUUCAGUUGUUCAGAGUUCUGAAAAAGGACCAAAUGUAUCUCUAGUUGGACAGCUGAUAAAAGAUCUAACUGAUGAAGAACAGGAAUGUUGGGACGGUUUUGUAUCUGGAUCUCUUACAGAUACAAAUAAGAAGAAUACCAUUGACCUCAUUAACACACGAAACAUGCACUCCUCAAGUGAUGACGAAGAGAGCGACCUGAAAGAAUUCAACUUUCCCCAGGAGGCAGUGCUUCAGCAGGCUUUUGUGGAUUAUCAAAUGCAGCAGAUGACAUCUGCCUUUAUUGACCACUUUGGAUUUAAUGAUGAGGAGUUUGGAGAGCAAGAAGAGAACGUCAACGCACACUUUCGACAGCUGAAGAGCGCCCCCUUUGAUAAAACUGCCAACAUUACCUUUUCUCUCAGUGCGGACGAAGAGGGUCCCAAUUCCAAUUUGUUUGAGGUUUGCUACAAGGAGCGAAUCCAACAGUUUGAUGAUGAAGAAGAUGAAGGUUCAGAUGGAGAGGAUAUCUGGCCUGAAAAAGAGUUACGGUUUUCUUCAGGCACAGUACAAAGCUCUGGGACAAGGAGUUGUGGGAGCACUGAUAGUGAAGAAAGCAGAGAUUCCGACGAGGAGGAGGAAGAUUCUGGUGGAGGUGAUGGCGUUGAUCAUAACGGUGAUUCCGCUCCAGAAACUCAUGAAGAGCCUAACUGGAGUGCAACUUUUGAUUCCACACCGGCAAACCCCCCUUCAUCUCCCUCAGCCAACGCACCAGAUACAGGGUCUUCUGUGUGGGAUGGUUCUACGUCCCAAUCACAACAUCAAGAAGGCUGGGCUGACUUCAGUGAGCAAAACAGUUCCCAGACAACAGUACAAGGGGAGACGCCAGUAAUUUCAGACAAACCUUUACCUCAGGAAGAGCUCAACACAGCGUUAUCUGCUAAAGAAAAAACCUCCAAAACCUCAGUCUGUUUGGGUGAAUCCCAGGAAAGCCCAGCAGCGCCACCCUGUUCCGGUGCAGAGAAAGGUACAGUGCCAGUGACUUCUAGCUGUAAGCCCGGUGAUGGAACAGAAAGCAGGGUAACUUGGAAUGGUGAAACUGAUGAAUCCACAUCACAGCUUGAAGAGGUGACAGAAAUAUGUGACAGCGAAUCCGUUGCCUCACACAGUAAUGUACAGAAUCCGGUGCAGCCGCAGCUGACUCUCACAGACAGACCGAGCACAGAAAUUUCUCCAGCAGAAAAUACAAAUUAAGAAACGGUCCUUCCUCCGUCAGUCUUUACAGCAGAUACAAUUGACUGCCCAUCCAAAGAUCCGCGUCGUGUCUCUUUGUGGACAGAGAAACAAGACCAAGCCCCUUUCGCCUUAGGAACGAGGACAGUGGGACAACUGAGCAAAAUGACGAUUCUGAUUGCGAAAAGUCUCCAUAGUGAGAGCCGAAGAAAAAGAAAAACACUUUGCACUGAGAUUUCUGGCUGUCUAAACAAAAAUUAGAUUCUAUAAAUAUAUAUACACAUAUAUAUAUGAAAGUACAGCAGUAAAUAAAACAAAGAUGAAUGAAAUUUAAAUUAUAUAUAUAUAUACUUUUUCCUUUCAGUUGCAUUCAAUGUAGAGAGGCCUUGCGGCUUAAGCACAAGAGCAGAACUAAAAGGCUCAUAGGUACCAGGAAUGAGAUUUCCCAGACUGAAUGCUGGGAGGCCUAUGCAGAUGUACGCUGUGCGGCAAUUGGCAUGGAGUCGGCAAUUACGCUGAUGUCAUCAUUGAUCAAAUCCCGCCCCUUUCAUUGCAACUAUAAAAAAAAGUUUUUAUUGUUAAACAAAAUGACUUAAAAUUUCCUCUUAACUUGACCUCAGUUUGACAUAAUCAAUAAUCCCCCUUUCUGUGUUUUAACUUUUUUAGGGUGUUUGUACGCAAUGUAUUAAAUGUAAAAAGAAAAAAAACGAAAAAAAACCUCAAACUUUAUUUUAACUUGAUUUCUUAGAUUGUUGUUAAUAUUAGCUGUGCCUUAUUGUCAGCCCACCAUUGGAGUCCAUUAAAAUGACUUAGUGGCAUA